AUAGUCUUGUUACAGUAAUUGAACAUUUUUUAGUUAGUAAAUAAUUUAUUUCUAAACUAUUUUAUUUUAAUUGAUGAAUAUUUAUGAAAUUUAAAAAUUAUUGAAUAAUCUCUUAAGAUAUUAAUAUGUUACUCAAUAAAUUGAAAUUAAUAUUUUUUUUUAUUCAAACAAUCAACCAAUCGAUUUGUGAUGUCGAUCUAAGUAAUAUCACAUGUAAGGACUUGAAAGAACUUAAAAAGGACUACAAACAUAUUAUGGGAUUAAAGCUUAAGGAUCAUUCCUAUUAUAGGAGUUUGAAAAUGGAUAAAAUGGUUUGUCCAGUACCUUGGAGUCGUCUAGUAAGUCAUAAAGAAGUUCCUUAUGAAAAUAUAGAUAUAAUAGACAGAUCUUUGUCGGAUAUGGUUGAUCAAUGCUUAAAUUAUGAACAUUGUGCUCUGGGUUAUGCAAUCAUUUUGAACGUUGUGGAAAGUAUGGGAAUUACAUACAUUUAUCGGUUUUGCGAGUUUGCAAGAGAAAUGAAUAAAAAAGGUGCUACAAUAUCAAAUCAAUUAAAACAAUUUAGUGGAAAUCUUACUAAACUUAUAUCGAUUUUUAAUAGAGAUUGGAUUUCUUCCGAUUCGUAUGAAUGUAUUUUAGAUGUUUACAAAAACCACAAAUCUGAGGAAUACAAUUUUAAUGAAGAAAACGAAAAUUAUAGAAAUGAUUUAUUAGGCUGUAUGCAUUUAAUGAAAGAUAAAGUGCACUUUGUUAAUGAACCUCGUGUCGAAUCGAUGAAUAAUAUGUCUAUAAAUAAAUUACGAAUUACACAGAGAUAUGAUAAUAACAUUAUUUCAAUGCUGAUAAAUUUGGAUAGUUAUUAUCCUUUUUUGAAAAAUAUAACUGGAGAUAUAUAUCAAAGCUCUUGCACUUUUUGCGAGAAUAAAAAAUUAAGUGGUCAGGUCGAUAAUAUUCAUUUUUUUAUUCCGUGUGGACAUGGCUGGUGCUGUGAAACGUGUUCUGAGAAAAUAAAAACGUGCCAUGUAUGUUAUGAAACGAUUACACGUACCCAAGAACUAAAUAUAAUUACACCUGCGUCAAUAAUUGAAACAGCUUAUAGGUAUUUAAUGCCAAGAUGUGUUUUUGAUCAACGAGAAGCACGUUGUAUAAGCUGUUUCAAACAAAUAAAAGAUGUGCAACCUUCAAAAAAAUACAUAAAGAUACCAUGUGGUCAUGGUUGGUACUGCAAUAAUUGCAUUUCACAAAACGGAUGUUUAGCAUGUAACGAGACGAUUAUUGAUGUAAUGUGUGUAAAUUUGUAAAUAAAUGUAAACAUAAUAUAUAUGAUUUAUAUAAGUAUAUUUGAAAUCUGUUAAAGUUUUAUUUUUUUUUAGUAAUAUUAUUUUGAUUCAAUUAUAACUAUUUUUGUUCUUUA